AUGUUACAGCACUUGUCAAGUUACAUGAAGAGAACUAUAUUUCAUUCACUUUUGUUAUAUUAUGCUUCGAAAGCUUUUUUAUUUUGGAUAAUGGCAAGGCCAAAAGAAUACGUCAAAAUUUAUACCAAUCUAAUAUCAUCAGAUUAUAAUAGCCCGUCUUCUUCAUCUGAUAAUGGUGGUUCAAAUAAUUCUGAUAAGAAAUCUAUAUCCCAACUAGUCUCACUCUUAUUCGAUGACGUCUAUUCCACCUUUAAUGUAUCAUCUUUAUUAACCAAUGUCAACAAUGACCAUCACUACCAUAUUCAUCAUUCUUCUUCGUCAUCAAAGACGACCAACACUAACAGUCCAAACUCUGUAUCGAAAACAUCUAUAAAGCAGUCGAGUGUAAAUACUUCUGGUAAUAUUUCUCCGUCCCAGUUUUCUACAGGAAAUGACACAUCUCCUACUUCCCCUAUGGCAUCAUUGAGUACACCUUUAAAUUCAAACAUCAUAGGGUUUCCGUUAUCCCCAAUCGCUUCAACAUUAGCACAGGCGAAUACUUCAACCACAGCUGCAACAACGAAAACAGAUACAAGUACGCCCUCUACUACGAAUACAAAUGUCAAUAAUAACAGUAAUAAUAGCACUAAUCUUAAUAAUAUUCCACAACACAUAUUUUCCUUAGAUGACAUUUCAUCGUUUAACUCAAGUAGAAAAUCCCUCAAUCUGGACGAUAGUAACUCCUCAUUUCUUUGGGAUACUUCUCAGCAUUCCAAUGCAUCGAUGGCAAAUACGAAUAUACAUCCAGGAGUGAAUAAUGCUCAGUCUCAAAACGCACAUUCCUCUUUAAACUAUAUGGAAAAUAUUAUGGAGCUAUAUUCCAACUAUACAGGAUCAGAACUGUCUUCGCAUACAGCCAUAUUAAGGUUUUUGGUGGUCCUGACCCUAUUAGACAGUGAAGUAUACGAUGAGAUGAACUCGAAUUCUUAUAGAAAAAUUUCGGAACCGAUAAUGAAUAUUAAUUCAAAGGACUCUAAUACUUCGAGCUGGGGCUCAGCAUCCAAGAAUCCAAGUAUUAGGCAUCUCACCCAUGGCUUAAAGAAACUUACUUUGCAACAAGGCAGGAAACGUAAUGUUAAAUUUUUGACAUACUUAAUUAAAAAUCUUAAUGGUGGACAAUUCGUUUCGGAUGUUUCCUUAAUUGAUUCUAUUAGGUCCAUUCUAUUCUUAAUGGCAAUGACGUCUUCUAUAUCUCAAAUUGAUUCAAAUAUUGCCUCAGUCAUUUUUACGAAGAGAUUCUAUAACUUGUUGGGUCAAAAUUUAGAGGUCGGUACCAACUGGAAUUCUGCCACCGCAAAUACCUUUAUUUCUCAUUGUGUUGAAAGGAAUCCCCUCACUCACAGACGCUUGCAAUUAGAGUUUUUUGCAAGUGGUUUACAGCUAGAUCCUGAUUUAUUUUUAAGGCAUUUACAAUUAGAAAAGGAGCUCAACCACAUAAACCUUCCCAAAAUAUCGUUGUACACUGAAGGAUUUAGAGUAUUUUUUCAUCUUGUAAGCACCAAAAAACUUCAUGAGGAAAUUGCGGAAAAAACGUCCUCUUCGUUAAAAAGAUUGUUCUGUAUAAUUGCUGAUAUUUUGUUGAAAGCAACCCCUUAUUUUGACGAUAACGUAACCAAGAUUAUUGCUUCUAUAUUGGAUGGGCAUAUUUUAGAUCAAUUUGAUGCUGCCAGGACACUUUCUAAUGAUGAUCAUGCCAAUUUUGAUGCCGCUACUAGCGUAUAUACUGAGCCAACAGAUAUUAUUCAUAAUUCUUCGGAUGUCUCGUUAGUCUCUUCGCUUUCCCAGUCACCUUUAUCAAUCAACUCAGGAAGUAACAUUGCCAAUACACGCACAUGGGAGAUUCAAUCAAUUUUACCAACCUUGUCAAACAGGUCCAGUGCUUCUGAUUUGAGCUUGUCUAAUGUUUUGACUAAUCCAUUGGAGACGCAACAAAGUAAUAGUGGAAACCUGUUAGCCCAUAGACUAUCCGGGGUUCCUACUACUAAGAGAUACGCUUCACCGAACGAUUCUGAAAGAUCACGACAAAGUCCAUAUUCUUCUCCCCCGCAAUUACAACAAAAUGAUUUGCCUUCUCCGCUUUCGGUCCUCUCCUCAAGUGCUGGAUUUCCCUCUAGCCAUUCGAUUACAGCAACACCCACCAUUUUGAAAAACAUCAAAUCUCCCAAGCCAAACAAAACAAAGAAAAUUGCUGAUGAUAAACAAUUGAAACAGCCUUCUCAUUCCAGGGUAGUACUGAGUGACAAUGAUGAAGCAAGGAAAAUCAUGAUGAAUAUUUUUAGCAUUUUCAAAAGGAUGACAAACUGGUUUAUACGCCCAGACGCUAAUACUGAAUUCCCGAAAACUUUUACAGAUAUUAUAAAACCACUUUUUGUCUCUAUACUGGAUUCUAAUCAAAGACUACAAGUGACGGCGCGGGCGUUUAUUGAAAUUCCAUUAAGUUAUAUAGCUACUUUUGAAGAUAUUGAUAAUGAUCUUGACCCAAGAGUGCUUAACGACCAUUAUUUGUUAUGUACAUAUGCCGUGACUUUGUUUGCUUCCUCACUGUUUGAUCUGAAGUUAGAAAAUGCUAAGAGAGAGAUGCUACUAGAUAUUAUUGUUAAGUUUCAACAUGUCCGUUCUUAUUUGUCAAAUUUGGCGGAAAAACACAAUUUGGUCCAGGCAGUCAUUACGACGGAAAGGUUAACGCUGCCAUUAUUAGUAGGUGCCAUUGGAAGUGGAAUUUUCAUUUCGUUAUAUUGCAGUCGUGGAAAUACCCCACGCUUAUUAAAGAUUUCUUGCUGUGAAUUUCUACAAUCUUUGAGGUUUUACCAAAAAUACGUCGGAGCCUUGGAUCAAUACUCCAUUUACAACAUAGAUUUUAUAGAUGCUAUGGCUCAAGACAAUUUUACUGCGUCAGGAUCAGUUGCUUUCCAACGUCGUCUCAGAAAUAAUAUUCUAACUUAUAUCAAAGGAUCCGACUCAAUACUUUUGGACUCAAUGGACGUAAUUUACAAGAAAUGGUUUUACUUCAGCUGUUCGAAAUCAGUGACACAAGAGGAAUUAGUAGAUUUUAGGAGCCUGGCCGGUAUUCUAGCAUCGAUGUCAGGUAUCCUUUCUGAUAUGCAAGAAUUAGAAAAAAGUAAGAACCUUUCGGCUAAUGGCGAAGACAGUUCAUCUUUUGAUUCGCGAAAUCCUGCGUAUGAAGUUCACAACAGACUCAAAUUUGAAUUAACGAAAAAAAUGAAUUACUUUGUUUCAAAACAAUGUCAAUGGUUGAAUAAUCCCAAUUUAUUAACAAGAGAAAAUUCGAGAGAUAUAUUAAGCAUCGAAUUGCAUCCGUUAUCUUUUAACUUAUUGUUUGACAACUUAGGACUAAAAAUAGAUGAACUGAUGUCGAUCGAUCUUUCAACGCCGCAUGAGGAUUCAUCAUUCGUUUUACUGGAGCAGAUUAUAAUCAUAAUAAGAACUAUAUUGAGGAGGGAUGAUGACGAAAAGAUAAUGUUACUCUUUUUAACAGACUUACUUGAUGCGGUUAAUAAGUUGACCGAAAUAGUGGAAAAAAUUUCUGUUAAGUCAUCCAAAUAUUAUAAGGGAGUUAUUCAAAUGUCGAAGAUGUUCAGAGCAUUUGAACAUUCUGAAAUGAACCUAGGUAUCUCAAACCAUUUUCAUUUGAAGAAUAAAUGGUUAAAAUUAGUUAUUGGCUGGUUCAAACUGUCCAUUAAUAAAGAUUAUGAUUUUGAAAACCUGUCAAAACCAUUAAGGGAGAUGGAUUUGCAGAAGAGGGACGAAGAUUUUUUAUAUAUCGACACUUCUAUUGAAUCCGCAAAAGCAUUGGCUUAUCUGACACGCAAUGUUCCGCUAGAAAUACCGCCUUCGAGCUCAAAAGAAGACUGGAACAGAUCGUCGACAGUAUCAUUUGGUAAUCACUUUACUAUCUUGUUAAAAGGUCUGGAAAAAAGUGCAGAUCUGAAUCAGUUUCCAGUUUCAUUGAGGCAUAAGAUUAGUAUACUUAAUGAGAAUGUAAUCGUAGCACUAACAAACCUAUCCAAUGCCAAUGUCAGCGUUUCUCUCAAAUUCACUUUACCAAUGGGUUAUUCUACAAACAAGGAUAUCAGAAUCGCCUUUUUAAGAGUUUUCAUCGAUAUCGUGUCCAACUAUCCAAUUAACCCUGAGAAGCAUGAAAUGGAUAAAACGUUGGCUAUAGAUGACCUCCUGAAAUAUCUAAUAAAGAACCCAAUACUGGCAUUUUUCGGGAGUUUGGCGUGUUCGCCUGCUGAUGUUGAUCUAUAUGCUGGUGGAUUUUUAAAUGCUUUUGAUACACGAAAUGCGUCUCAUAUCCUUGUUACUGAGCUUCUGAAACAAGAAAUUAAACGGGCCGCAAGGUCUGACGAUAUCCUGAGAAGAAAUAGCUGUGCAACGAGGGCUUUGUCGCUUUACACUAGAUCUAGAGGUAACAGGUACUUGACGAAAACUUUGAGACCUGUCUUACAAGAGAUAGUUGACAAUAAGGAGUCUUUUGAAAUUGACAAAAUGAAACCAGGAUCCGAGAACUCUGAGGAGAUGCUAGAUUUGUUUGAAAAAUACAUGACAAGACUGAUCGAUGCAAUUACUAAUUCUAUUAAUGAUUUUCCAAUCGAAUUAGUUGAUAUAUGUAAAACAAUUUACAACGCUGCGAGUGUCAAUUUUCCCGAAUACGCAUAUAUCGCGGUGGGUUCAUUCGUUUUCUUGAGGUUUAUUGGGCCCGCUUUGGUCAGCCCUGAUUCGGAAAAUAUCAUUAUGGUGACGCACGCUCAUGAUAGAAAGCCUUUUAUUACGUUGGCUAGAGUUAUCCAAAGUUUGGCAAAUGGCAGGGAGAAUAUUUUUAAGAGAGAUAUCUUAGCUUCAAAAGAAGAAUUUUUGAAGACCUGCAGUGACAAAAUAUUCAAUUUCUUGUCAGAAUUAUGCAGGAUACCGACUGACAAUUUUAUUGUCAAUGUAAGAGAAGAUCCAACGCCAAUAAGUUUUGAUUAUUCAUUUUUGCAUAAAUUCAUAUAUCUUAAUGAGUUUAACAUACGAAAAGAAAUUAUCAAAGAAUCCAAUUUACCAGGGGAUUUUAGCUUUUUGAAGAAUACGGUUAUGUUUAACGACAAAAUUCUUGGCAUAUUAGGACAACCUAGCAUGGAAAUAAAAAAUGAAAUUCCCCCCUUCGUAGUCGAGAACCGGGAAAAAUAUCCUUUACUAUAUGAGUUCAUGAGCCGUUAUGCCUUCAAAAAAGUGGAUGUAAAAGAAGAAGAAGAGGAUAAUGCACCGUUUGUACAUGAGGCAAUGACAUUGGACGGUAUACAAAUCAUAGUUGUAACCUUUACCAACUGCAAGUACAAUAAUUUUGUGAUGGAUUCGCUGGUCUAUAAAGCUCUACAGAUAUAUGCAAGAAUGUGGUGCUCUAAACACUACGUGGUUCUUGAUUGCACGACGUUUUAUGGGGGCAGAGCUAAUUUUCAAAAAUUAAAUACUCUGUUUUUCAGUUUGAUGCCGGAGCAAGCUUCAAGAAACUGUAUGGGAUGUUAUUAUUUCAACGUCAACAAAUCAUUUAUGGACCAGUGGGCCACAUCAUACACGGUAGAAAAUCCAUAUUUAGUCUCAGCGAUCCCGCAUUGUUUCAUUAACAGCAACACAGAUCAAAGUUUGAUUAAGUCCUUAGGGUUGAGUGGUAGGAGUUUAGAAGUUUUGAAAGAUGUAAGAGUUACUUUGCAUGAUAUUACCCUUUAUGACAAGGAAAAGAAGAAGUUCUGUCCCGUGUCUUUGAAGAUAGGAAACAAAUACUUCCAAGUCUUACAUGAGAUUCCGCAGUUGUACAAGGUUGACUUAAUAAAAAAGACAUUUAGCAUCAAAUUCAACAAUGUCUAUAAGAUAUCAAAUUUAAUUUCGGUUGAUGUCUCUAGCACCACAGGUGUCUCUUCAGAAUUUACGUUAAGCCUUGACGAUGAAGAAAAGUUGGUCUUCUGCAGCCCCAAGUACCUAGAGAUUGUGAAAAUGUUUUAUUAUGCUCAAUUAAAGAUGGAAGAAGAAUUUGGUACGGAUUUUUCGAACGAUAUUUCAUUUUCAACAUCCUCUUCCGCAGUGAACGCUUCCGAUUGUAAUGUAAAAGAAGUUGGCGAAAUCAUAUCACAUUUGUCGCUGGUGAUCCUUGUGGGCUUAUUCAACGAGGAUGAUCUCGUCAAGAACAUAUCGUAUAAUCUUCUCGUGGCAACACAAGAGGCAUUCAAUUUAGAUUUUGGAACAAGGCUUCACAAAUCCCCAGAAACAUAUGUACCAGAUGAUACCACUACGUUUUUGGCCUUAAUUUUCAAGGCAUUUUCGGAAUCUUCAACUGAACUAACUCCGUAUAUAUGGAAGUAUAUGUUGGAUGGCCUUGAGAAUGAUGUCAUUCCUCAAGAACAUAUUCCUACGGUUGUCUGUUCAUUGUCAUACUGGGUGCCAAACUUAUACGAGCAUGUAUAUUUGGCAAAUGACGAAGAGGGGCCGGAGGCGAUUUCACGUAUAAUCUAUAGCUUAAUCAGGUUGACAGUGAAAGAGCCAAAUUUCACGACAGCUUAUCUCCAACAAAUAUGGUUUUUACUGGCAUUAGAUGGUCGUCUCACGAACAUCAUAGUUGAAGAAAUAGUAAGCCAUGCACUGGACAGAGAUUCAGAAAACAGGGAUUGGAUGAAAGCUGUCUCGAUAUUAACCAGUUUUCCAACAACAGAGAUUGCUUGCCAGGUAAUAGAGAAGUUAAUCAAUAUGAUUAGAUCAUUCCUACCUUCUCUAGUAGUAGAGGCUUCCGCACACAGUUGGUCUGAGCUUACUAUCUUAUCAAAAAUUAGUGUGUCGAUCUUUUUUGAGUCUCCUUUACUUUCCCAGAUGUAUUUACCUGAAAUUCUUUUUGCUGUGUCUCUAUUAAUUGAUGUCGGUCCUUCAGAAAUAAGGGUUUCAUUGUACGAGUUGUUGAUGAAUGUUUGUCAUUCUUUAACUAACAAUGAAUCUUUACCUGAAAGGAAUAGGAAGAAUUUGGAUAUAGUAUGUGCAACUUUUGCACGUCAAAAGUUAAACUUUAUUUCCGGUUUUAGCCAAGAAAAAGGUAGAGUUUUACCAAAUUUCGCCGCUUCCUCCUUCUCCAGUAAGUUCGGAACAUUAGAUCUUUUCACCAAGAAUAUUAUGCUAUUGAUGGAAUAUGGUUCCGUCUCAGAAGGCGCUCAAUGGGAGACGAAAUACAAGAAGUAUUUGAUGGAUGCGAUUUUUGGUCACCGGUCGUUCUUCUCCGCGAGAGCUAUGAUGAUUUUGGGUAUAAUGAGUAAGUCGCACACAUCCCUUUUCCUCUGUAAAGAACUUUUAGUUGAGACCAUGAAGGUCUUCGCAGAGCCGGUUGUGGAUGAUGAGCAAAUGUUCAUUAUUAUAGCUCAUGUCUUUACUUAUAGCAAGAUUGUUGAAGGAUUAGAUCCCUCUUCAGAAUUAAUGAAGGAGCUAUUUUGGCUUGCUACAAUAUGUGUUGAAUCCCCCCAUCCCUUACUCUUUGAGGGAGGUCUACUAUUCAUGGUAAAUUGUCUGAAGCGGCUGUACACAGUCCAUUUGCGACUUGGUUUCAAUGGCAAAUCCUUAGCCAAGAAAUUAAUGGAAUCUAGAAAUUUUGCCGCUUCGCUUUUAACAAAGUUAGAGUCAUACAAUGGAUGUAUAUGGAACGAGGAUAACUUCCCGCAUAUUAUUUUGGGAUUCAUUACAAACGGUUUAUCCAUCCCUGUCGUUAAAGGAGCCGCAUUAGAUUGCCUGCAGGCCCUUUUCAAGAACACAUAUUAUGAAAGAAAGUCCAACCCAAAAUCCUCAGAUUAUCUUUGUUAUCUUUUCUUAUUGCAUUUGAUUUUAAGUCCUGAACAACUUUCUACCUUAUUGCUUGAAGUCGGCUUCGAAGAUGAGCUGGUACCUUUAAACAAUACGAUGAAAGUUCCACUAACUUUGAUCACCUGGCUAAGUUCAGACUCAGAGAAGUCUAAUAUAGUCUUAUACCAAGGGGCGCUAUUGUUUAGUUGUGUUAUGUCGGACGAACCUUGUAAGUUCCGCUUUGCUCUAUUAAUGAGAUAUUUGCUUAAAGUCAACCCUAUUUGUGUCUUCAGGUUCUAUACGUUGACUAGAAAGGAACUCAGGAGGUUAUCAACUUUAGAACAAUCAUCUGAAGCAGUUACUCUCUCCUUUGAAUUGAUUGGGAUGCUUGUUACGCACAGUGAGUUUAAUUAUCUGGAAGAAUUUAAUGACGAAAUGGUCGAGCUCUUAAAAACGAGAGGCUUAUCGGUUGUGAAGCCGUUGGAUAUCUUUGAUCAGGAACAUUUGGAGAAGUUAAAAGGAGAGGGUGAACAUCAAGUUGCAAUUUAUGAGAGAAAAAGAUUAGCAACAAUGAUACUAGCAAGAAUGUCGUGCUCCUAA